AACUGCAUUGGGAAACAUUUUCUGCCAGCUGUGUACCUCGUAGAGGUUAUGGAAAAUUGUUAUUGAUUUUAAAACUACAUUUAAGACUGAAAAUUGUAUUAAAAUGAAGAUUUAUACAAACCAAAACAACACUUCCACGUUAAAGCUGCUUAUUGCGGCUAAUUUAGCGGGAAAGAAAGUUGAUCUUGUCAGUGCUUCGUUCGAAGAGGACACAUUCGCAGGGCCCCGACAGCUGCCUCUGCUGGAGGUGGACGACAACCUCAGCUUCUUCUCCAGCAAUGCGGCUGCUCAGUAUCUGUUCCCCGUGGUGGAUGUCACUGAUCAUGGUGAAUGCCAACAAACGCAAGAAUGGGAAGCGACCCACCUCCACCCCGCAGUGAGUGCCGUUCUGACCUCCAAGACCGUUGCGUCCGAUCUCAAGCAAGUGCUCCAAGCGCUGCUCUCGACUAUCAACGGUACACUGGAGAAACACAAGUAUAUAUUAGGGGAUAAACUGUCCCCAGCAGACAUUUCAAUAUGGAGCACAUUAUACCCGCUGCUGCAUAAAGACGAGUUGAAGCAAGCGUACAUAGCCGACUGCGCUCACAUACUGCGGUGGUUCCAAGACCUAGCCAGUGCUAAGGCUGUGCAGGAAGCAGUGAAACAGUGGGGCGGCUCGGCGACGGGCCCAUUUGGAGCAGCAUCAGCUUUGGGCAUUCCUCAAGUACCUAGCUUAUCUUCACCUGUUGGUUCACCGGAUGAAGGUGCAGCAGCAGAAUUAGGUCCAACUCCUGAAGAAAUAGAGGCCGCUAAGGACAACUGGCUCAACGGACUGAAGAAACUGCAGGCGCCGCUCAUACCGGGGAAAUUAGUGUUACCAGUAAAAGAUCGUAAGAACAUACUAAUUACCUCAGCUCUUCCGUACGUGAACAACGUCCCGCACUUGGGUAAUAUAAUCGGUUGUGUGCUCUCUGCUGAUAUAUUUGCUAGGUAUUGUCGGUUAUGUGACUACAACACGUUAUAUAUAUCGGGUACUGAUGAAUAUGGUACUGCCACAGAAACUAAGGCCCUAGAAGAAGGCAUAACCCCCCGCGAGAUAUGCGACAAAUACUUCGACAUCCACAACUCGGUGUAUCGCUGGUUCAACAUCGGCUUCGACUACUUCGGCCGCACCAGCACCCCGCAGCAGACCGAGAUAGCACAGCGUAUGUUUCUAAAGCUACGCGACAACGGGUUCGUCAGCUCACAGUCUGUUGAUCAGCUGUUAUGUACCAAUUGUGACCGGUUCCUGGCUGAUAGAUUCGUAGAAGGUACCUGUCCGUACCCGGGCUGCGGGUACGAGGGAGCCCGCGGGGACCAGUGCGACAAGUGCGGGAAGCUCAUCACGGCCACUGAGCUGCUGCAGCCGCGGUGCAAGGUCUGCGGACAUACCCCUACAGUGCGGCCUAGUCAGCAACUCUUCAUAGAACUCGGACAGCUAGAGCCGUCACUCCGCACGUGGAUCAGUAGCACAGAGAAGCUGUGGUCGCCGCCGGCGCGGGCCGUGUCUAGAGCGUGGAUGCGAGAGCCGCUGCGCUCGAGAGCCGUCACCAGGGACCUCAAGUGGGGAGUGCCUGUACCCGUGGAAGGAUUCACUAAUAAGGUGUUCUACGUAUGGUUCGACGCUCCGAUUGGCUACCUGAGCAUAACGCAAAACGCCACCAAGGAGUUCGAGAAAUGGUGGAAACCUGACAAGGAGUAUGAUGUGAAACUCUACCAGUUCAUGGCUAAAGACAACGUGCCGUUCCACUGCAUCAUGUUCCCGGCGACGCUGAUGGGAGUCAACGAGGGACACGUGCUGGUCAGCCAUCUGUAUGCCACAGAGUACCUGAACUAUGAAGAUGGAAAGUUCUCGAAGUCUCGAGGCGUUGGUGUUUUCGGCACAGACGCUCAGGACACAGGCAUACCGUCAGACGUGUGGCGGUUCUACCUCGCUAGCAUCAGACCAGAGACUUCUGACUCCAGUUUCAGUUGGACUGAACUUGGUACUAGGAAUAAUUCAGAGCUCCUGAACAAUUUAGGCAACUUCUGUCAUCGCUCGCUCAGUUUUUGCGCAAACUCGUACAAGGGGAGAGUGCCCGACCUUGAGUUGACUCCGGCCGACUACGAACUUAUUGCGCUAGUUAAUAGAGAAGUUAUUGCGUACGUCCAGCAUAUGGAAAAGGGUCGUCUCCGAGAGGCGUUACGUCACGUCCUCUCAGUCUCCCGGCUCGGCAACCAGCACAUGCAGUCGCAGCAACCAUGGGUGCUGCUCAAGGGCUCUGAUGAUGACAAGAAACGCGGUGGCACAGCGAUCGGUCUAUGCUGUCAACUGGUGGCGUUGCUAUGUGCUCUGCUAUCGCCGUACCUGCCCGAGACUGUCAGGAAACUGAGGGAACAGCUCAACUUGAAACAAGAGGCAUUGAGGAUUAACCCAGAAAAUCCAUCACUACUGCAAUACUUGCCAUCAGGGCAUGUAAUCGGCAAACCGGAGCCUUUGUUUGCGAAGAUAGAGGCCGAAGUACUCGACAAGUUACGAGCGAAGUACGCCGGCACACAGAGCGAGAGAGCGAGCAAGGAGAACGGCACAGCACCAGGAUCUGUAGCAGAAUUAGAAGAAGCUGUCAAACAACAGGGUGAAAAAGUCCGCCAGUUAAAAGCGUCGACAAAAGACAAGUCAGUGUGGCAGCCUGAAGUGACCAAGCUAUUAGAACUCAAGAAACAGCUCGAAGCUGCACAGAAACAAGCUGCACAGAAACAGACUGCACAAACGCAGGAAGAUGUCAGUAACUUGGAGAAAGCUGUAGCUGAACAGGCCAAUAAAGUACGUCAACUCAAAGCGUCGACAAAAGACAAGACGGUUUGGCAGCCGGAAGUCAAUAAACUCUUGGAUCUCAAGAAACAGUUGUCGACCGCGCAAUCCGCACCGGCCAUCACGCAGUCGGCAUCGGCUAAUAGUGCUGAUUUAUCGGCGCUAGAGAAGGAACUUGCUGAACAGGCCGACAAAGUCCGGAAACUGAAAGCUUCCACAAAGGACAAGAGCGUCUGGCAGCCCGAAGUGAACAAACUGCUGGCUAUCAAGAAACAACUCGCCGACUUGCAGAUAAACAAAUAAAGCAUUAUUUAUUUAUUUAUUGUAA